AUGCCAGCUAUCUCUCUCCAGGAGAGCGACCUAGAGGUCCUCAUCAAGCGCCAAUGCACCUUGUCCAGCACCGGAAUCUGGGAAUGUGACAACCACUACGUCAAAUUAAGCACUCUCAUCACCAAGAUCCAAGACACCCCCCAUGGCGACGGCGCCUCAGCGGACGCCCACGCAUACUUCUACACAAACCUUCGGGAGCCCACCCCGGACGAAUCCUCGGAGGGCAAGGAGCCCAGCACAGCGAUCUGGCAACGUUGGAUGUUCCUCUGGUUUAUCCGUCAGGGUAUCGCAUUGGACAAAUUCUACGGCGCCUUCAACGCCAUAGAUGCAGAAUGGUACAAGAAGCAGCUCGACAACACCGAUACUCAUGGCCCCCUGGACACAAAUGACUUGGAUCAGACGAAAUCCUGGCCAUUUCCGCAAUUGCCGCCAGCAGCACAGAUCCUCGAGAUGUGCUUCAUGCAGGCUUUGGCGGCGGCGGCGACCAAUCCGGAUGUGUACUUCUUCACCAAGAAGGGGGAGAAGUGGAAACAAGAAUGUCCAGAGGAUUUGGAGGCUGAUCCGGCGCCGAUGUAUGCCGAGGAUGGGACAGUGAGCUGUGCUGACCAGGAGCCUGAGCUUCUGUGGGACCGGAGUAGGGAUAAGGAGGUGCAGCCUGGUUGGAUUUGUCCGGUGAAGGAGACUGCUCGAAGUGCGAACAUGUGA